AGUGAACUUCAUUUCCUUUUUGAGUUUACAGACGAGCUGAAUGUGUAAUGUGCAGUUAGCCUUAAAACUUGCAAUCAAUCAACUAUUUUUAAGCUGACAAAGAGCUAGUGUCAGUCAUGUUUGAUGGCCCAGGGGGUUUUGAGGUGGAGGAGGAUGAUGAGUGCUGGGCACGGCUGGAAGACUACAGAAUGCUUCUCAUCAAGACCAUUGAGCCCUCAAGAAUAACACCUUAUCUGAGACAAUGUAAAGUGCUGAGCAGCGAAGACGAAGAACAGAUCUACAAUGACCCCAGUCUGGUUAUCAGGCGUAGAAAAGUUGGAGUGCUGCUGGACAUAUUACAAAGAACUGGCCUCAAAGGAUAUGAAGCAUUUCUAGAGAGUUUGGAGCUAGACUACCCAGAUGUGUACCGCAAAAUCACUGGCAAAGAGCCUGCUAGGGUCUUCUCUGUACUUAUUGACACGGCCGGUGAAUGUGGCCUCACUCAGUUCCUCAUGAGCGAGGUCUCUCGCCUACAGAAGCUCGCACAAGACGAAAGGAGCAAGCGACUCGAAGUGUCUGCGCAGAUGGCGGAGCAGCUAGACACCAUCCGCCAGCUGCAGCUGUGUGAGAGCGAACUGCACAAACAGCAGGACCGCGUGCAGCGCAUCCGAGAGGAGCGCGAGCGCACGUGCGAGGAGGCGCGUAAACUGAGAGAUGAGAAUUACCGACUGAUGCACAACCUGACCCGCCUGAGCGAGGACAAAAACUGCGCACUCAUGUGUAACAGAGACCUCCAGCUCGAGAUUGAGAAAUUGAAACACAGCUUGAUGAAUGCAGAAAGUGACUCAAAGAUCCAACGGAAAAAAACAAUAACCUUAAAGAAUGCGAUGGAGCAGAGACCAAGUCCUGAGCUGAUCUGGCAGAUGCAGAGAGAAAAUGACCUCCUUACAGCUCACAUACAGGAGCUCGAAAAUGCUUCCAAGGUCCCAACUUUGGAGCAUGAAAAACUUGAUUCACAGUCAUUAGAGGAAUUCAAGCAACAAAGUCAGGCACAACACCAGGAGCUGGUGAAUAAUCUCUACAAUCUAAGGAGAGACCUACAUGACGCAGAAGAGCUGCGUGAUAAGUAUCGACAGGAGAAGGAUGAGUUAGAACUGAAGUGCAUAAUGCUAAAAAAGGACUCCAAAAUGUACCGUGAUCGAAUGGAAGACAUUCUGAAGCAGCUGGAAGAAGUCAUCAAAGAAAGAGACAAGGCUAUUUGUACAAGAGAGGAGUACCAUUUGGAGAACUCAAAAAAUCUCCAAGACAAAGACCAGUACCGCAAACAGAUCCGGGAGAUGGGAGAGCGUUAUGAUGAGCUACAAGUCCAGUUGUUUCGAGCUCAAGGAGAAGUGCUUGCUUUUCAGUCAAAGCUUCGCAAACAGAAAAACCCAAUUCAAGUGAACUCAGAAGAAAGCUCCUUGCCGAGUUCAUUUGAGAUGAAAAGUCAGACUAGUGAGGAGGAGUCCAGGGAAAGGGGUGAAAAGGAUAUGAGUGAAGGGUCACAGAGCCAGACAUCUGGAGAGUACAAUUAUUCAGAGAAGAUGUUCUCUGAGGAGGACAUAUCAGCUAACUGCAGACUUAAAGGAAAAAACUUUCAUUAUAGGAGGAAACGUGCCUUAAGAACCAAAAAAUUCACAGACAAAGAGAGUGUGCAUUGCAUACUGGACAACACUACUGGGAGUGAUACGGACGGGUUGUGACAUACAGCUUUGGACAAGGAGACGAAAUGUGGCCACCUUUGAAGGCAUAUUAAAAUGCAAUUUAAUGAUAAUCCAACAUUGUUCUGCAUCCAGUGACCCCUAAAACCU